AUGACAGAAGAGGUUGUAGGCUUUCAGAUUGAUGCAAAAUCAAUCAUAAAUAGGCUCAGAAGAGGAUCCAAACAGUUGCGGAUUGUGACCAUUUUGGGUAUGCCGAGAUUAGGUAAGACUACCCUUGCUACUAAGGUUUACAAUGAUCAUUCUAUUUCAGGCCAUUUUUCUGUAUGUGCACGGACUACCAUGUCAGAAACGGUUAACAAGAUGAAGAUGUUGCUUGAUCUGCGGAAACAAACUGAUCCUGAGAAGUUCUCUGAGGUCACUGAUGAGAUGACUGAACAAGAUUUAGCUGAUAAAGUGAGGCGCAGCUUGAAGGGAAGGCCAUAUCUCAUACUUUUGGAUGAUGUAUGGGACAUUGAAGCAUGGGAUAGCUUGCAAGAAUCAUUCCCUGAUGAUUCAAUGGGAAGUAGAAUCCUUUUGACAAGUCGGUGUCUUGAUAUUUCUCCUCAAAGUAUGCUCGACGAAAAUCCUCAUGAGAUUAGGCCACUCAAUGAAGAAGAGAGUCUGGAGUUAUUUCAAAAGAAAUGUGUUGCUGCAUAUGGUCCGCUACCUCCAUUAGGUGAUCUCGGGACGCAAAUUGCUAACUUUUGUAAAGGGUUGCCUCUCACAAUUCUCAUUGUUGCUGGAUUUUUAGCAUUAGUAGAAGCAGAGGAUUGGGCUAAAGUAGUGGAAUCAAAAGUCUUUUUCCCUCAUGUACGUUCGCUACGAUUCAUGUACAAGGAAGUUUCAAUCUCGCAAAACAUCUCAUUCGCUGCUCACAUCUACAAACUUCUGAGAGUGUUGGAUCUGGAGCAAAUCGAUGCCGGUUCAGUGUUUCCAAAUGAAAUUGGACUGCUGGUUCAGUUGGCUUUCUUAGUGAUUCGAGGAGAUCCCGCCAUCGAUAGGUUUCGGAAGAAAAAUCGUUACUCUUCCUCCGAUUUGUAUGAGCUAGAGACAAUUUCUGGUCUAUUGAUUUAUUACAAGGACGGCAUGGAAGGGCUACUGAAAAAGUUUCCAAACAUCCGUAAAUUAAAAUGCGAGCUUUCCAAGUUUGAUGGUUUUGUAGGAAAUAUUAUUAAGGUUGUAGUGCCUGACUACUUGAAUGAAUCAGCUGAAAUCACUUCACAUGUUUUUAUUACAACAUGGAGAAUGGAAGAAGAGGAGUUCUCAAAGCUUAGAAUCUUGAAGUUGAAGUCCAGGACUCUUCUCUCGUGGAGUAGUGACUCUGAUAAUCAAUUGGGCUGCCUUGAAAAGUUGGUAUUGAACUUCUGUUCAAGUUUGACUGAGAUGCCUAUUUGCCUCGAUAACAUUUCGACACUUACGAUGAUCGAGGUCGCUUGGUGCUCUGACGAUGUGGUUGAGUCUGUGAAAGAGAUUGAGGAAGUAGAACAAGAGGACCUGAGGAAUUCUGAUCUGAAGCAACCGGCAUUUGAUCAUCCUCUGCUCAAGAAUCACACCAUUCACACAGCUCCAAGUUUUUAUCCUCAAGGAAUCUUUCCCGAUGGCGGCGACUCAACAAACCAAAUCACUCAGUUGUGGCAAUUAAAAGGGAGCUGCCCAGAAGGAACCAUUCCUAUAAGAAGAACAAAAACUGAUCAGGAAGUCAUCAAUAAGUAUGCAAAGAAGCGACCACCUGGAUCAAGCUCUUAUCGAUCAUCCUCCUCAACAAAUGUUACCGAAGGGCACGAGCACGUUGGUGCUCACGUGCACGAUCAUUACUACCAUGGAGCAAAGGCAAGUAUAAACGUCUGGCAACCAUAUGUUCAAAACGACGGCGAAUUCAGCCUGGCUCAAAUUUGGGUGUUAAGAGGUUCUAAUUCGAACCUAAACACCAUCGAAGCCGGGUGGCAGGUGUUCCCGGGUUUUUACCAAGAUAAUCGCACCCGUCUCUUCAUUUACUGGACAUAUGAUGACUACCAACACGGGUGUUACAAUUUAAUGUGCCCGGGUUUUGUUCAGGUUUCGAAAAGAAUUGUCGUAGGUGGUACCUUUGGACCUGUUUCGACUUAUCAUGGUGACCAAUUCCAUAUUGAUCUUUUUAUUUGGAAGGAUUCCACCCAAAAGUCUUGGUGGGUGAGUUAUCAGAAUGUGGCAUUCGGAUAUUGGCCUGAUUUUUUGUUCACUAACCUGAAGGAAAGUGCUGAUGAAAUCCAAUGGGGUGGAGAAGUGGUGAAUAAAAAACCAAAUGACCAACACACAAAAACUCAGAUGGGAAGUGGACAUUUUGCUCAUAAGGAAGGACACGGAGGAUCGAGUUAUUUUAAGAAUCUUCAAGUGCUUGAUGAAUUCGACAAUUUGAGACCUGCUGGAGAAGAUGAUGAGAUCUAUACUUUGGUUGAUAGCGAAGCUGAUGGCUGUUACGACAUUGCAUUGUAUAAAAAUAGAAAUGAUGGAGAUCACUUUUAUUUUGGUGGACCAGGAAGAAAUCCCAAAUGCCCCUGA